AUGGCGUUUCUCUCAUACAUUACCAAGGUUAUCAGCGCCUACUGGUUGCCCCUGUGCGUGGUCGCCAUUCUCGGCCGUCUUGUGUAUAACAGAUAUGGCAAGGGCUUAUCGGAUAUCCCAGGGCCAUUUCUGGCCUCGUUGUCAGACGGCUGGCUCUUCCUCCACUAUCUGUGCCGAAAGGGGUCCGAAGAAUAUGACCUGCACCAGAAGUUCAAGUCGUCAGUGGUCCGGUUUGGACCAAACACGGUCAGUGUGUCGGAUGCUGAAGCCGUUCGGAUAAUAUACGGCUGGAAACCCGUGUUCUCAAAGAGCCGGUUAUACAUCUCCCAGGACGUCACCACGGAAGAUGGUACAGUCUUGGAGAACGUGUCUUCCACGAGGAGCGAGGGUAUCCAUCGGGAUCUCCGACGGCUUGUUGCGCAUACUUACUCCCUGAGCACGCUGGUGGAGUACGAGCCCCUAGUUGACUCCACGUCGCAAGUCUUCAUGAAGCAGAUGGACCGGUUUUCCGAGACCGGAGAGGUUUGUCCCUUCGGCAGCUGGCUGCAGAUGUAUGCCUUCGAUGUGAUAGGCGAAAUCACCUUUAGCAAGCGGUUUGGCUUUCUGGAAGCCGGCAAGGACGUUGGCAACAUGAUGCGCCACACGGCUCGAGCGAUGGACUGGAUAGGCAUAGUCGGCCAGAUCCCUACUUUCGAUGAAUAUUUCCGCCUCAAGGGCUUCGGUCACAUCCUGCGAAAGUUCCGGCGCACGGGACCCGUCAUGAAGUUCACGGCCGGUCGGAUCCGCGACCACAAAGCGUCGGAGACAGAUUCGCGGCCGGACUUCCUGACGCGCUUUAUCCAGGUCCGUGACAAGUACCCGGAGUUGAUGACCGACCAGCGGUUGGCGGCCUACACCAACACCAACGUCAGCGCCGGGUCGGACACGACGGCCAUCGCGCUGCGCGAGAUCGUCUACCGCCUGCUCACCCACCGGGGGGCCCUGGACAAGUUCCGCGCGGAACUCGCCGCGGUGCUCCGGGCGCGCGACGGCGCCGGCCCCGACAGGCUCGUCACGUGGGCCGAGGGCCAGGGCAUGCGCUACUACCAGGCCCUGAUCAAGGAGUGUCUCCGCGUACACCCGCCGUUGGGGCAGCUGAUCCCGCGUCUGGUGCCGCCGGGGGGCACGCAGCUAUGCGACCGGUUCAUACCGGAGGGCACGGUGGUGGGGUGCAACGCGUGGGUGGUGCACCGCGACAAGAAGGUGUACGGAGACGACGCCGACGAGUUCCGCCCCGAGCGGUGGAUGGACGCGGACCCGGCGCGGCUGCGCAGCAUGGAGAACCUGGGUUUUGCGUUCGGCGGUGGGCCAAGGGUCUGCCUAGGCAAGAACAUUGCUCUGCUGGAGAUCUCGAAGAUGGUGCCGGAGCUGUUUAGGAGGUUCGACGUCGAGCUUGUCGACCCGAAGAAGUAUACACCGUGUCCGGGCUGGUUAGUCCCGCAGACCGGGCUCGACGUUAGGGUGAAGAGGAAG